ACUAUUUUAGACGCUGAAGCUUUUGUUGCAACCCAAUCCACACAUUCAAAAGUCGCCCUGAAGCUGAUCACACCCGACGAGCUCGAGAAAAUGAAAGCAGAUCUUGGAUUGGAGGAUAUUUGCAGAAAUAAUCCAUUGCAAAUUAAAAACAUUUCUAAAUAUCACUGCUUCAAGGUCGACUUUGAUGCAGUCCAAUAUCAAACAUGUUCUUCUUUUGAUCAAGAAGAACAUGUUGAUUUUUUGAUUGAUGAUGAAGAAGUAGAAGAAGAAGAGCAAUUUGACGUUCUGAUGGAUGAUGAAGAACAGGAAGAUGUUCUGAUGUUUGAUCAUGAAGAACAGGAAGAUGCUUUGUUCGACCAAGAAAAAGAAGAAGAACAAGAAGAAGAUGACGAUUGUGAUGGUAUUUUGGCAAAUAAUUUCCAUGACUAUGGUCCAUGGAGCCAAUUCCAACACAAUUGCUCAAUAGAAAAUAAAUAA